ACGCCGCUCUCCCCGCAAUCUCCCACUCCGCGCAGAUAAUCGUGUGCGCCCAAAAGACUGGAUAGCGUUCUGAGGACCACAGACCGGUUCUCGACGCUCAUAGCAGCGGCCAGAAUAAACCUUACCCGUCGAUGACCCGCUUCGUCGGUGUAUGCCUCGUUGCAAACCCCGCCACGGAUGAAGAUACCGCUCAUCGCUGAUGAACUCGCUUUGGACCCUGCUCGAUUGGAUCUUGCCCUCAGUACGAUUAUCUGACGAUCUGGAGGACCGCUACCUCACCGACGACGGUUACUCCGUGGCCUCGACACUCACAGCACCCAGAAUACGUGGCCAAUACUCGCACGAACUGCGGCGCGACUGGACGCGGGAGCGCGACCGCGACCGCGAGCGAGAGCUGGAUCGCGAACGCGCACGCAUCGCCAUCGAGGACAGGGAGAAGGAGCGACAGCGCGCACAGCUCCUCGAACGCGAGAAUGCCGCCCUCCAGCAGCGCGUCGCCGCCCUCGAGCGCGACCUCCAGUCCGCCCGCCAGUCUCUCGCCACCUUCUCUGUCCUCUCCUCCCCACUCCCACCCGCCAAUACCCUCAGCGCCACCCCCCGAAUGUACCGCACGCCUUCGCCCAACCCUGUCGAUCUACGCACGUCCUACGAUUCUCUCUUGUCGUCGUACAAGACGGCCCACCGCGCACUGCAAGAACGCACGGAGGAGGUCGCGAGCCUGAAGACCUUCCUCAGCAAGACAGACGAGUGGUCCGGCGCACAGCUUCUCCAGGCCCUGCGCGACCUGAACGCAGAGAUCGUCCAGCUCGCCGCGUCUGUGGCGGAAGAGUUUGCUUCAGCACUCGACCGCCGCGUCGACCUCGUCCGACAAUCAGACCGCGAGCUCCUCAACAGCGCGAUUGGCCCUGCCAUGACGAACCUGCUCGUCACGCGCGACCACUCCGGCGACCCAACGCUCGUGCAGUUUGCCAUCCAGGCAUGGGAGGUGUUCUGCGUUGGUCGCAUCAUGAACGCCUUCUGCUUUGGUCUUCCUGCCGACGUCGACCAGUUCCUUGGGGGCCUGUUCGAGCAGAUGAACCGUACCGAACCACAAGCUACUGCUUCACGUUGGCGUGCCCUCACCUACAACCAUUCGCGCCGUCACCUCCCAUUACGACCCGACGCGCCAUCCGGCUCGCCCCCCGCCACCUUCCUCCAACUCAACGACACCAACCUCCGCGGGCUCCUCGCCGUCCUCGCGCUCUCGGGGUGCACCGACAGCCGCGGGGUGCACCGCGACCCGCUUCGUUCGCGCUUCGGCGCCGGCCUCGCGCGGAUCUGCGAGCGCGCGGAGCACAUCGCCGGCGCGGUCAGGGAGGGCGUGAUGAGCAGCGUGUUCGAGGUGAGCUGGGUGAAUGCGGGGAACGUGGGCAGGCGGGACGAGCGGUGGUUCGACUGGGCGACGAUGGAGAACGUGUAUGCGGGCCAUGGCUCGGAGCGCAGCAAGGUCCUGUGCACCGUCGAGUUCGGCCUGGCGUGUGUUAGGCACGGAUCCUGGCCGGACGGGGACGGUGCGGCAUCGAAGACAAGUGGGACCACGUCGGGCAGCGUUAACGGCAACGGCGUUGCGGCGAACGGCGGGGCUGAGGGCUUGCUGGCCCGCAGUGUGCUCUUGAAACCGAAGGUGCUCUUGGAGUCGGUUAUGGACAUACUGUGAUUAUUUCAUGGUGCGUCUAGCACUUCUGGCUGCGGAGGUGCAGCUGGUCGAGUCGCGAACUGCAGUACAUACAUCUGGUCCCCCAUGAAGCGCAGUACUUAUACGCCGUGAAACGCUGUCGCGAACAUCCCAAUCUCAACGCCGAACGAGCGCCCACGAUACGGUACUCAACCAAAAUACCUCCCGAGAUACCUCUGAUAUCUCCCUCUCCCUGUGUUCCCUGCCCACGGUCUCCGGAAAAUGACCUGUCUGACGAUGCGACGAUACACGCGGUUUACUUAUAUUGUGCUCCUGCUAUGUGCUGCUGUUUAUGUUACCGUACGCCUGUAUCUAAUGUGUACUAUACUGUUGUCGAACACAGUUGUACAAGACUGUCUUUUUCAGUGUUCGACGUUCAGCAUUGCAACAUGGAGGCUGUGUGUAUCUCUCUGACAUAACAUGGUAGUACCGCUGGAUUCAUGGAUAUUGUGCCAUUGUUGCGCAU